AGUUUCUUGACAUGGAGAAACAAGCCCAAAAUACAAUGGGAGCUUCUCCUUGUGAGGCUGAGCUUCAGGAAUUAAUGGAACAAAUUGACAUCAUGGUAAGCAACAAAAAAUUGGAUUGGGAAAGGAAGAUGCGGGCUUUGGAGACACGAUUAGAUCUUCGGGAUCAAGAAUUGGCAAAUGCACAAACUUGUUUGGAUCAGAAAGGUCAAGAGGUGGGGUUACUUAGACAGAAGUUGGACAGUCUGGAAAAAUGUAACUUAGCAAUGACUCAGAAUUACGAAGGACAGCUACAAACCCUAAAAGCUCAAUUUUCCAAACUAACUAAUAGCUUUGAAAAACUGAGAUUACACCAAAUGAAACAAAAUAAGUUUCGACGAAAAGAAUUACCUCACCUCAAAGAAGAAACACCCUUUGAAAUGAGCAAUUUGCACCAGAAAUUAGAGAAACAGGCACAAAGUUACCAAACUCAACUAAAUGGUAAAAAACAGCGCAUAGAAGACGGCAGCUCUGAAAUUCCUCUGUUGAUGUGUGAACCAGAUCCCAGUUGUGAAACCAGUGAAAGAGAUGAGUUCAUUAUUGAAAAAUUAAAAUCAGCUGUGAGUGAAAUAGCACUAAGCAGGAAUAAGUUACAAGAUGAAAAUCAGAAGCUCUUACAAGAACUGAAAAUGUACCAAAGACAGUGCCAGGCCAUGGAAGCAGGACUCUCAGAAGUGAAAAGUGAGUUACAGUCACGUGAUGAUCUCUUGAGAAUUAUAGAAAUGGAACGGUUGCAGUUGCACAGAGAAUUAUUAAAAAUAGGCGAGUGCCAAAAUGCUCAAGAAAAUAAAAAAAGAUUUGAAUCAUCUUACUCACCUUCUAUUAAAGAACCAGAAAGGAAAAGGAAAGAGCUGUUUUCAGUGACCCCAGAUCAACCAAAUCAUGAAAAAGAAUUGAACAAGAUAAGAAGCCAACUCUAUCGGGAAGAAGAGUACCAAAGCUCUGAGCAGGAAAGAAUGAGGAAUGAAAUCUCUGACCUAACAGAGGAGCUUCAUCAGAAGGAGAUCACUAUAGCAACUAUCAUGAAGAAAGCUGCCCUUCUGGAAAGACAGUUAAAAAUGGAGUUAGAAAUAAAAGAAAAAAUGUUAGCAAAACAACAGGUCUCAGAUAUGAGAUAUAAAGCUGUCAGAACUGAAAACACACAUCUCAAAGGAAUGAUGGGAGAUUUAGACCCUGGACGGUACAUGAUGAGUGAGAUUACUGAUAUCAAGAGUAUGGACUUCACUAACAGGGAAAAGUCAAGGCAUACAUCUAUUAAUAAACUGGAAUAUGAGAAUGAAAGGCUCCGAAAUGAUCUUGCAAAACUUCAUGCCAAUGGAAAAUCAGCAUGGGCUAAUCAAAAUGCCUGUGAAGAAAUGGGACGGUACACCUAUCAGAGCCAAAUAAAAGUGGAGAAAAAUGAAGACAGAUUUAGCCGAGAUUGUGAGCCAAAUAGAAGUACAACGCCUCCAUUGCCACCUUUGCCAUUUCACACCAAAGAAAUGACAAGUCCUUUGGUUAGUGAUGAUGAAGUAUUCCCAUUGUCUCCCCCAGACAUGUCCUUCCCAGCUUCUGUGGCUGCACAGCAUUUCCUUCUGGAGGAAGAGAAGCGAGCAAAAGAACUUGAAAAACUUCUAAAUACACAUAUUGAUGAACUGCAAAGACAUACAGAAUUUACUCUUAAUAAAUACACCAAGCUAAAACAAAAUAGACACAUAUGAGCUUUUAAAUUUUUUUAUUUGCUUUCCCCACCCCAGGAAAAAAAACUCUGGCAAAAUAUUUACAAAGCUGAUUAAUGAAACUGAGAAAUUUUCUUCUAUUUUCUUGAGUAAAUCAUUUUGUAAGGCAGCUAGAAAAUAGUAAGUAUUUUCUUCGAUAAAGCUGUUUGUACUUCUGCAUUAACAUGAUAAAUUGUUCGGCUGUAGAGUUACUAUAAAAUAAACAUGACUACUCCAAAAGAGAUUUUUCUUCUAGUCUAAGAAUAUUUUGGAAUUAAAUAUGCAGUUGUUUUCCCACCUGAAUCAUGUAUACUGAAAACCCAGUUCCUCUAUAACAGCACAAAAGGAGGGAAAGGGAAGCACUGUAUUCCAAAUAUAAAUGAAUCAAGUGCAGCUCGGUUGUACUAGGUUUGAAAACUGAAGGAUUUUUAUAAAUGAAAAUAUUAAGUAUUUUGAGCUAUGUAAACAUCCUAAAAUUUCUUUUAGGGAAAAAAAAAAGAUAUAGCUUUACUGUCGCUGCAUUCACCUGUGUAAUGUUUCUGUUUUAACACAAUAAAAGACAUGGAAUGUGCUGUUUACACACUUAAAAUACAUGUGCCAAAGAUUAAUGCUUUCCUGUUAAUGCUAAUUACUUCAUGGAAUGAACAAGAUAAAGAAAAUGUAAAGCAUUAUUGUUGUUACAUUCUCCUUUGUAAUCAUCUCUAUUUUUAAUAGGUUAAAGGGGUACAAAAUUCUAUGGACUUAAAACAUAAAUGCCAAACCUGUACAGAACAGUAAUAGCAUGAUAGUGAACAAUAAAAUUCAAGUUACAAAUAUACAAGCGUGAUAAUCCAUUCUUCUUUCUUUCAAAAUGACGUUUAUAUGCAGAUUAUGAAAAAUCCUAUGUAGUUAUUCAAGGUAAGUUCCACAGCUUUUGUAGUUUUCUUUUUCUCUUUAAAGAAACCAAAUCUCAGCACACUGAAAGAUAACUCAAGAUAGCUUUAGAUAACUAAUGUCAUUGUCGUGUGACAAAUGCAGAGCAUGAUUCACUUUGGGUGACACAACCAUGUGGA